AUGGCGGUGUUGGCUGCGCUGCAGGCCAACGACGACGGGGCCUUUCGCCUGGCUCUCGAGGCUCACCAACAACUCGACGCCACCAAGCAAUGGGCUGCGGCCACGAAGAUAGUAGCGGCCUUGGCCACUUCGACGCCCAAGGCGCUUCCAGAUGCCGCUCAGGCGCAGGCCAUACAAUUUUUGACCAGUUUACUCGAGCAGCCCAGCUUUAAAAGUGACGCGCGGGCUGGCUUGGUCAUGAAAGUUGCCGCAGGCGCUCUCCAAGCACAGCGCUACGACCUGGCAGGCAAAUUGUACGGCCUACUUCUUCAGCGAUGCGAGCCAAAUCCAACUCAAGGCUCGGGCUCGCCGUCCAGUCAGCAAGAAAACGCCUGCCUUUCCGUUUCCGUAGACCUAGUUUUGGACGUUGCUCUGCGCUGCAUGCAGUGCUACGCUCGGUGCCAAACCUUCUGUCACGGCACUUCUGUGCAAGACGCCUGUGCACGCCUUCACCUGUUCGACUGGGAGGCACUCCGCACCCAUCGCAUCGUCCCAGCUCUCAUCAAGGCCCUGCGAGAAUUGGUCAUGGUCACCAUCAAAGCUGCAGCGCCCAGUGCCGCCGUGGUACUCCUUCAACUACAAUUUCUGGUCAACGAUCAUAAGGUUGAAGCUGGCUUUGACCUUGAUAAGCUCAACGAAGCAGGACUGCAGACCAUCCUCAAGGCAGACAACACGGCUAGGGUCGCCAUUGAGCAAGCUGUGCAGCACUUUCUCGCCCACCCGGCCCUGAGGCCAGCCUCACCUGGUCGGCUAGAAAUUGGAGCCUGCUUCUUAGCCCGUUUGCAAGCCAAAGAGGCAACGCUCGCGCUUCUCAACCGCCUGCCGCAGCAGGAUGCUCGCGUGCAGUGGGUGUGCUGGUUGGUUCGCCUGUGCGUUGCGGGCGAGGCACCUCAGUCCAUCCCCAGCUCUUGGUCACCCUCCUGGUUUGGCCCACCUCUAGCCAAUUAUGUCGCCACAUACGCUGCCGCACAACUGAGAAGCGGCAGGCCUUGUCCCAAAGACGUUGUCACAGCCAUCGUGGCGAUGUUCCAAAAGACUGGACAAGCCGAUGGUCAACUUGUCAGCCCCGAAGCCUGGGCUGCCAUGGCCACACUAGCCACGUGGGGCGUGACGAACCCUGCAACCCCCUUUCCGGGCAUUCUCUCGUGUCUUUCGGCACUUGCUCGGUUUCACACUAGCAAGGCAUUAGCCGCGCGCUACAGCGGCCUCUUGCACGUGGCUGAUGUCCAAACUUACAACCAAGGAGUGGCUGCACUCAGCAACAAAGACAGUAGCCGUGCCAUAGCUUUCGGAACUCUGGCCCUGUUGCUGGCCCAUGCUGACGGCCAGGCCACUUCGGAUCGGCGCACUGCUCGCCUUCAGCUCCUGCAACAAGCCACCAAACUGGCCACACGGGCGUCAGAUUUGCUUGUCGGAGAACAAUUGGUGGCAGUGGCCCUGCGCUGGCUUACGCCUCACAUGACGGACACCGCCUAUCGCGCUGACGCUAUAGUCUGCUAUUUGCAGUGCUUAUCAACAAGCCACACAGCGUCUCCUGACAAAACCAAUGAUCUUACUGCCCCACAAGACGUGCUUCGCGCGGUUGUACCCACAGAGGACAUCGAAGAGACAUUCAAAUGUCUACAUGCCUCGCAUCGCUCGCUUAUCACUCGCGGCACAGUCGUGCCCGAGCUAGUGGCUUUGGUCUUCACGGCCUCGGGAAGUGACGUGGACCUCUUAAGCCGCCUGGUCCUUGCUCUGCCAGCCGGCCUUGAUCGCAAACGUCUUCAGCCGAGCUUGGAUGGCCUGAAAAGCCCAAGAUCAACGCCAACAUCUCUGCUAGCGAUUCUGCAUGCGAUUGUAGAUGGCACGAUGAAGCACCAAGAAGACACCACGGCUGACCCUGCUACAUUAUUGACGCACCUGCAUGCCUUGGACCAGCUGCUGGCUGAAACCGAGUUUAACGCUGCCCUUGCAGAGUUGAUUCGCAGUGUGCUCGAAUGGGCGGCUGUACACCUCAAAAAAUUGGUUCUCCCCUUGCAUCAGGUAUACCUUGAGCGAGCGAUUGAGUACGCCAAUAGCCUUCACAGUCUUGACCUCAAAGCGUUAGCCCAGCUACGCUUGGCAUUGCUUCUGGCUCAACUUCACCACGUCGCCGAUGCCGAAGCGCAGUUGGCUACGGCCGAGGCGGCAAUUGCAAGGAACCGGUAUCUCGCUGAUGAAGCAACGUACCCGUGCAGUGCUGAUAAUAAUGGUGUACAAACGGAUUGGGCUGGACUCAAAGUACUUGAGCUGAAAGAUCGGCUCCGAGCUCUCGGCUUGCCCGUGUCAGGACGCAAGGCAGAGCUGAUUGAGCGUCUGGAGAGCCACUAUGCUACCGAGACCCCGCCCACCCUACCUCAAGUGUCGGAAGCAAACAAGGAUUCGCCGUCCACCUCCCCACCUUGCCUCCCAACGUCUUUGUCAGCCUGGACAAUCGAACUUGAGCGAAUCUUGGCCCACGACAAUCACCUGGCUGCAACUGAAGCUCGACGGUGCCAUGCUGCCUUGACCCGUGCCUAUGGCGUCCAGGCGCCGGAAAAGGCACUUCUCCAUCACUAUGCCUCUCUGGGCGUGACUACUCAACGACAAAUGCAAGAGCUAGAUCGCUGGAAUACCACCCAAACUAGCGUGCAACUACUACGCGAUCUGCAACAAAGUCUGAGAGAGGCAGCGUCAAACACGAGCGGAGUGGUCGUGGGUGUGCAGGGAUCUCAAGAUUUUGCUUGUAAAUACGAUAUCGUGAUCUCCCGAUUAGACGUGGACGGACCAGUGCUGCUGCGCUUGGGCAAGGAAAGUCACGUUUUGGCAGAGCUGCAAGGUCGCAUGCAAAAGCUGCGCGAGGCCAAUACGGCCUCCAUCAAGCUACCCACUCAGACAGACAACGACAAAGUGGAAUGGUGGCGGCAACGACGAGCUCUAGACAAUGAAGUCCAAGCUUUUUGUCGCCAGCUCGAAGCUGAUGUGCUGGGCCUGUGGCGAGGCCUCAUUCUGGGCCCACUUGUGGCGCCAGCUGCUCGCGCAAUUGUGCAGAAAGAACUGGAACGCUGCGCACAGGAAAUCGCAACCACCAAGCAUGGACCGCUGUUGCCAACCCAAGAGAAGCUUUUGGCCAGCUUGGUGGAAGGCCUGGCUGAUGCAUUUCCCAAAAUGUACAUGGAUCUUUCUCAAGCUGUGCAAGACUUGUUUGGCGACUUGGACGGGACUGAUGAAGAACUGAUCGUUGACGUCGUCUCAGAGGCGGUGCACAACGUGGCCACAGCUUGGUCUGAGCUACCGGUGGAUGCGGAUACGCACGUGACAAUCACAAGCGGGAGUGACAACAGCACUGAGCGUGCAGGAUAUGAUGAAGACAAAGAUGUUGAUCGAGACGUUGCCGUUAUGGCAACGCCCAUGGCGGGCCGAGCUCGAAGCCGUUUGCCACCCUCAGCUCGACCACAUGCACGCCAGCGCCGUCGCUUUGGAGCCGGGGUGCUUGGUGACGCAGGUGGUGGACUUGAGGAAGGUUGCAAGCCAGGCGACAGUGCGUCCCAUUGCGGCAGCGGCAGCUUGGCCACCUCGCGCAAGCUGCGGCGAGCUCCAGUGUCUCUCUUGCUAGAUCGAGACGGCCAGUCACUGCCGUGGGAGUCGAUGCCAAGCCUGAGGGCGCACACCGUGUAUCGACAACCAUCGUGGAACCUUCUGGCUCAAAGCACGCAACACAAUAUCCAAGUGUCGCGCGCAUCUUACGUAAUCAACCCAGCCGGAGAUCUCAAAAACACUCGUGACCGCAUUCUUCCGCUUUGUGAAGCCAAGUUUUGGCAGGGUAUCCACGAUCGUCUGCCCACCUCCGAGGAGAUGAUUACAAGCUUGGAACAAGCCGACCUGUUCUUGUAUUGUGGGCAUGGAGCCGGCUCCAAAUAUGUGAAGACCAAGACGGUGCGGCGUGCGACGGGACGUGCUGCAGCUUUGCUCAUGGGCUGUAGCUCUGGGCUCUUGCGUGAACAAGGCGAAUUUGAGCCCACGGGCAUGAUUGUGGAUUGCCUUCUGAGCGGAGCGCCUUGUGCCGUGGGCACCCUUUGGGACGUGACAGACCGAGACAUUGACAUGGUCACCCGCCAUCUGCUGGAGAACACACACACACACACAUUCUCUCUCUCUCUCUCUCUCUCUCUCUCUCUCUCUCUCUCUCUCUCUCUCUCUCACUUUGUAAGUCCUGCUGAGCUGGGAGCUGUGCUUGUCAUAUCGCUCUGCAGGUGCCAAGAGCAGACUACCGCGCACGUCUUGGUGGCCCAGACCAACGCAGAUGAGGAUGAUGACCACGUCAUCAACCAGAAGAUUUUCAGCAAGCGCUCGACCGGUCGUGCCGGUGCCCCAGACGUGGCCCAGGAGCAUGCCGCUCCUGAGGCAGCAAGGGACGCCCUAGCGCCUGCUUCUGAAGACCCCGAAAGUAGUGAGGACGAAGAAGCUGAUCAUCAUGUCGCUGAAAACACUUCAGACUCGACGCAUGUCGGGUGCGUCUGUGGCAUGUUUGAAGCCAUCUUUUUUGCCCAAUACUUCCGACAACUCAUCAACUCGCGGUGCAUGAUGAGUCUGCUGGAAGGACCUCGCCGUCCACCAAGUUCAAAGCCUAACGUCCAUGCUUCACGCAUUCAGGUGGGAAUCUUGGAGUAUCCAACCUUUGCUGACUCCAGCUCAGAAGAUAACGAGUACAUCCUUCGAUAUGGCCUCGUCUUUUCGCUGAGUUUUGGCGUCAACUUUUUGGCCGUGGCACUCUUGCAAAUGGCCAAUUUGUUGUUGGUUCCCAAGGGCUCUGUGCGCUACACCCUACGCAAGACGCUGUACAUCAUUGCUCUACCAGCCAUCCUCUUGCUCGUUGGCUUUGAAUUGUUGACGGGUGCAUUCAUUUCCCUAUGCUUCAUAACUUACGGUGAUACUCUCGAGGUGUAUCGCAUCGCAGUUGGCGGUCUCGUGGUUUCGCUUGCUCUCUUUGGACCAGCCCUGCUCUAUGUGCUCCUCACCAAGCCAAAUACAGACGCCACACCAAAGCCACACGCCUCGAUUGUGAGCUCCAUCAUCGGAGGCAUCAGCUUUGAAGGCCUCUGGCUGCGUCCUUCAUCUGCAACCGGCGACAGCACAGAAUACUCAGUGAUGCUCAUCUACGCCACCAGCCUCUACCUUUCAGUAGCCCUUAACAUGUAUGCCGUCCUUUCAUCCACGCUUCUUCUCAUCGCCUCGCUCUUUUAUCACGGCAAAGACGGUGCCCAGCGCAUGUUGCUGCGGUAUCACUCUGUCGCUGGGUUGCCUUUUGUCCUGUCCAUCUUGGAUCGGCAACGCAAGCAUCGACUCAAUUUUCUGACUCUUGGAUGGUUUUGGGAGAAGACCAUUCACAGUGGCACUUUUGCCGAGUACAAUACCGACAGCCAUCUUCUGUCACCGUUUUUGACGGUGGCAUUGAUCUCCCUGUUUGCCAACCUGGCAUCUACGUUCACCUCGAUUGUGAUGACCUUCGUUCUGGCCACCGUUCCCGAAUCUGCACUCAAGUCCUGGUUGCUGACCAAGAUCAACCUUAUGUUUUUACCGAAUCUCCUGCUUGUCUUGGGUAUUGCCUCCCUUGCGGGCUCCUUGAGUCUCAUCAUUUUCAUCCUCUAUGAGCGUCAAAUGGCAUGGGCUGCGUUGGGAAUGAUUGGUGGAGCGAGCUUGCUGAUGGUCUUCUAUCGUGGAUACAUCGUGCAAGCGAUUCCUCGAGAGUCGCAUCAGAACCAUCUCCUCAAGAAUUUGUGUCGCGAUCACCACGCCUCAAAGACAGUCUUGCAAUGGAUGACAGGCGGCUAUCUAUUUGCGCUUCUGGCGCGUACUAACACGUCAGACCGACAGGCCUUUGUCUCGCUACGCUCAACCUAUAACAGCCUCUCAGUUGUGGCAACACUGGUGGCUGCCAUCAAUUUCGACCUACUGCGCGAGCUCCCUGAAGAGGCCAUGGAUACCAGUGCAGUCACGGAUUCAGGAGUGCAACUGGCGCGGGCCUCGAAUAGCACUCGAGUUCAGCUUUAUGCCUACUUUGGCCUGGCAUCGGUGGUCGUCAACUUUUUGGCUCUGGGUAUCAGUACCCUGCUGUCAGCCGUCAUGGCUAUUGUGCCCUUGGAGAGCUUUAAAAUGUUUGUCUUCAAGCUGCGCCACGUGCUGUAUUUCCCUGCCGUCCUGAUGGGCUUAGGUGUGCUAGCUGCCGUGACCAGCUGGUGUGUUUUCGUUGAGGUGGUCUACGAGGAUGUGGGAAUUCCCUGGGCUACGAGGGGCAUUGCCAUUGGUUUUGCUGCUCUUUACUUCUUGGCACUAUAUUUUGUUGAGCACGCGACCUCGGGCGUAGCGUGGCGAUGGCAGCUCACGUACAAUGCCGACGAGCCCAGCGCCCUCUAUGACCGCGUGGACGGCGUCUGGUCGGGCAUUUCUUUUGUUGGAGCCCUGCUGGCAGGCGUCUCGUUUCUGACCCUGCAAAAGGCAAGUGCUUCCUUGGGGUUGGCACCAUCUGGCACUGGAAGCGCCAUCUCGCUGGAGUUUUCGCGCAUGUAUGUCGUCUGUAUCUUUUCGUCGCUUUGCUGCAGCUUGGCGGCCACCUUUCUGGCGACAGUGUACCAGAUGAAUAUUUCCCUCAUCCCACUGACCAUGGCCAUCUACCUUGCCAUUCUGCUCUAUCUGUUGGCCUUGCCCUUCUCCAUUGAGCGCCUGUAUGGCAUUGAGAUUGAGAUUGUGAGUUUGGCGGCUGUCAGUUAUCUGUGGGCAGGGCAGGGCAAGGGAUGGGAGGAGGGGAGGUGGGGAGGUGGUCAGGGCCAAGAGGAAAGCCGUACCUCGAAGGGCCGAUGCAUUAAAGACCGCUGCUCCCGGUGUGUUUGUGAGCCGUGGUGUCCUCAGACCAACAACAUGACUUUGUGGGAUGAUACUCCCCACCUCGUCAAGUGUCGCGACCUUGAUGCCAAGUGUAGCGAGCUGGAGGAGAAGCAGCACGCGCUCUACGAGCCCUACAAGAAUAAAUCCGAGAACGUGCGCUCGAAGCCGAGGAAUGAGCACCAGGUGUUGUCUGGUGUUAAACACGCCUUGACAGACGCCAGCGGUGACACGAAUGCUUGGAGCAGAAUGUCCAAGGUCAAAGAGGCCCUUGCUCAAAUGGACGGGUCUGAGAAUCGCCUGAAUUUGAUUGAAGGCGAGCUGGACAAGUUUCCGUUUGCUGCUGCCUUUCGAGCCGAGAUGCUCGGUAAGUUGCAAGAAAUGGAAACCAAACACGCGCGACAGAUCGAGGAGGUGCGGGACGAGCUCAAGGAACAACAAGCCGUCAACAAGGAGGUGCAGGCGGAGCUUCAAACGAUCCGGCAAACGCUGAAGUAUCCCAUCUUGAAGCGCCAAAUCAUCAUCAAGCUCGCCACAAUCGUGGGCGAGCGCUUUUGGCCGAGUGACUCUUGUUCAUGGCCGUGUGACGAUGACAUCCACCGGCUUCGUCUGCUGUUCAAGUACAUGGACUGGGCCACCGCACAGGUGGCGCAAGACGAUGGCUUCCGAGGUCGUGUUCCGCAGAAGGGGUGUCCAGCAGACACAGAAGAUUUCCACACCUUGUUUUACAAGUGGAAGCCGGGCCUUCAGGAGUGGGCAGUCCAAGCGUAUGCUGACGUGCUCCCACGACUGGGUAAUUUGGACGACUUUUUCAAUGCAUUGAAUAGUGUGCGCAGCGAUGGUAACAGGGCGGCGCAUCCGACGGUGCACGAGGAGCACGCGCUUAAGGAGCUGCCGAGCCUGAUCGAGUCGAUGGAGCAUUGUGUGAGAGGGGAAGCCACAGCAGCGCCCGACAGUCAAAAGCUGCUUGAUGUUUUGAAAGCUUUGAAUUCGAAUUGA